AUGGGAACAAGACUCCUACCCUUGGUCGACCUUGCCCAGAUCUCUCUUCGUGUGCGAUUUCAGAACUAUGCGCCAGGGGUUACUCUUCCUCGACUGGCCAUUCUCUCAUUCUGGAAAAUUUCUCCCAUUUUACUCUCUCAGAUCGACAGUUUCCCUCUCAGCUUACUUAGUUUUUUGUGUUGGCCCGGUGAUGUGUUCUAUCCUUCGACGAUCGAUCUGUUAGUCUCCAGGUUUGCUUUCGAAGAGAUCCGCUGUUUUCCAAAUAUCUACUCGUACUCUUUUUGCCCGGUUUGCUUUCGAAGAGAUCCGCUGUUUUCCAAAUAUCUACUCGUACUCUUUUUGCCCGGUGUGCAGAAGGUUGCUGAGAAGGGUCCCCUCUGCCAGGCCGCAUCUGCAUGUAGGGGCUGUAGUUAG